GGCAGCUUCAGUUCUGUUCUUCAGUGUAAUUUCAAUGAAAUGAGGAGUACAGCGAGGAGGAAAGGAAGCUGGUUGCAGCACCUGCGUUUAUUUUCCACCAGCAUCAUUGAGCGGUACAGCGCUUGUGUUGUGUGAGUUUGGAGGUAAAGAGAGCCUGCAUGGAGAGAGCUUCCUGGGUUGCCUUUUCUCCUGGCUGCUUGUUGUGAGCGCUCGUGUGCAGGAGCAGUGGCGAGGAGUGCCGUGGCGCUGAUCUGGGAAUGCGCAAGCCAGCCAGAAAGACGAGACUUGGAACUGGCAGGGUGUGACAGCAGAGGACGGAGGAUUAUUGUGAUCUAUGGCAGAGACAAACAGCUCAGCGCUGGGAGAGCUUCCCACCAGUUAGAUGCUCAAAGCGGGGAGAACAACUCCAGCUGAACUGAUGCAUCUUGGCACCUGAUAGCAAGCUCAGCUUCUGACAUGAAGAAAGAUAUAGACUCUUUAAUAGCCCGGGAAAAAGCGGAGAUCGUUGCCAAGUAUGAGAAGGGCAGGCAGGAAGGAACUCAGAUUGAUCCAUGGGAAGAUGCCGACUUCACCCUGUAUAAAGUUACCGACCGUUUUGGAUUUCUGCACGAGCAGGAGCUGCCGACACGCACUGCGCUGGAAGAAAAGCAAAAACAUCAAGAAAUUGAACGAGUGGACAAGUGGCUAAAGAUGCUGAAGAAAUGGGGCAAAUACAGAAACAGUGACAAGAUGUAUCGGCGAGUGUACAAGGGGAUCCCUCUCCAGGUGCGAGGCCAGGUCUGGUCACUCCUACUGGACGUCGAGAAGAUGAAGAAAGAGAAUGAAGGGAAGUACGAGAAAAUGAAGGAACAAGCAAAGAGCUUUUCGUCGGAAAUCAAGCAGAUAGAUUUGGAUGUUAACCGCACCUUUCGAAACCAUAUCAUGUUUCGGGAUCGCUAUGGAGUGAAGCAGCAGGCGCUGUUCCACGUGCUGUCAGCAUACUCAGUUUAUAACACUGAAGUGAGCUACUGUCAAGGGAUGAGUCAGAUUGCGGCCAUCCUGCUGAUGUAUUUAAAUGAAGAGGAUGCAUUUUGGGCACUGGCACAGCUGCUAACCAACCAGAAGCACGCGAUGCAUGGUUUUUUCAUUCCUGGGUUCCCAAAGCUGCAGAGAUUUCAAGCUCAUCACGAGCAGAUUUUAAGCAAACUGUUUCCAAAGCUGAAGAAGCACAUGGACAAGGAACAGAUGACUACAGGGAUUUACACGACCAAAUGGUUCCUCCAGUGUUUCAUCGAUCGGACGCCUUUCACUCUCACUUUGCGCCUGUGGGAUAUCUACAUCCUGGAAGGAGAACGGGUCCUGACAGCCAUGGCUUACACAAUACUCAAACUGCACAAAAAACGCUUGCUGAAGAUGUCUCUGGAAGAUUUACGGGAAUUUCUGCAGGAGAAAAUUGCUGCUUCUUUACAGUUUGAGGAUGAUGCUGUGAUUGAGCAACUGCAGGUGUCCAUGACUGAACUGCGCAAGAUGAAAUUCGACCUCCCCCCACCAGCAAAGCCUGAGGAAUUCCCACGGAAACCCCUGGGCCUGGAUCUCUCUCUCAACCUUGUGGCAGUGAAGGCCAACAUCGCAGCCAAUGGCCAGAAUGGCAUCGUGGGUGAGCACCACCCGGACAGGGAUGCCACACAGCCAUCUCUGAACAAAAGCCCUGGAGCUCCAGGAGAAAUGGCCACUGAUGCGAGCACAGCGGUAACUGGAAGGACUCCUGAUCUCCAGCGCAGCAAACCAGCUGAAGUGGCAGACGCCUAUGUGCAUCCACCAAAGAGCCAGGACAAGGAGCAGCCUUUAGAGGAUGAUCAGGUGGGAUCACCCAGGAAAGCUGCUGGUGAGAUCCCACCCCAGCAGCCCCCUCUUCUGAAAGCAAGCGAGAUACAGACCUUCCCAGAAAGCCAAGAUGAUGCCUCUGCCACUAGAGACCUUGUCUCAUGUGGGAGUCCAUGGAUUAAGCCUGGGAGGUGUCAGGGGAAACAGCAGGAAAACAAACUGCUAGCCCCUGCAGACAGUAUGAACAAAACUGCUGGCCCUGCAACGGCUCGGUCACCAGUGCUGCAUCGGGUCCUGCCAGCCUUGCCAGCCAAGGGCUGCUCUGAGAGAGACACUAACACGUGGGGUCAGGCCCUGCGGGCGGACCUGCCUGUUCUCAAUCACAGUCAUGCAGCAGUGGAUUGUGAGUCUCCAAGCCAAACUCUCUCCCUUUCCACCCCUGCUGAGCACAGCUCCGUAGACUCUUCUCUUCAAAACGUGCCAAGUCCUCCAGACUCAAGCACCACAACCUCUUCUGUAGAUCUACUAGCUGGGGAGGUUUUGCCAUUGCCUGAGCAGCUUUCCAACGUGGACUGCUCAGCAGGGCAGCCAAAUCUUGUGGCGUGCAAUUUGCCAGAAGGACAACAAAUGUCUCCCUUGUGUAAAGAGAAAGCACUUGAUGCCCUUCCUGUUCCUCUGCCAGAUGGCAGGCAACAGCUUUCUAACACAUCUCAGUACGAUAACUUCCCUGAGAGUGAGUACAGGGAAAACAUGGCUUAUUUACAGGUGGUCAAAACCGAGAAACAGUGCAGAGUGAUGCAGCUGAACAAAACACACUUCAGACACUUGGUACCCAAGUCUGCAUCUGUGGGUGAGCUUGCCAGCCUGCAGCAAAAUGGCCCAGGGAACACAGACGCAGCUGAUCAGCCAGGAGGCCUGGGCUCUGCAGCCUUCAACGCGUUUCCUUCGCAAAGGCUGUCUGGCGGCAGCGUGCCCAUCUUACCUGGGAGCGACUCAGGGACAGCAGGGCUGAUGGAGAGGGGCCACUUCCAGCCGAUGCCCUCCCCAGCCACAGAGAAGAAGAACAGCCCCUACACAGUUAUAAAGACCACCACCCCCCUUCAGGUAGCCCAUGCAACAGAGCAAGACUUCUUGAACAGAAAACAGGUGGCGCUGCCUUUGCCAGAGGCUGGCCGUCCCCUGGCUGCCACCUCCGUGGCUCCUGGUGGAGGGGCACCUCCUGCUGCAGAGGACUUUGAGGCAGUAGCUGCUCAAAAAGGCACUCAGAAAUCAUUAAAUGCACUGAGAGCACCACGGCCUCCCCUGAGCCCAAAACCAAAAUUGCCACCGAAGGUUACCAAAUCCCAAUCAGAGAAUAAUUUUGAUUCAGGCUCUGCUCUCCCAGCACAGUUGCCCAAAUCAGUGACAUUUUAGCAGGGAAAAGGGAGGGCAGGGAGAGGAAUUGGGUGCUGGAGCAACACUGUCCAUUCUUGAGACGUCCAUACAGUAGGUUUGUGUUUGCGUGACAACACAGCCUGCCUAGAGCGAGGAGGCAACUGUGUGCUGAGCUGUGCUUCGGUACAACUGCACAGGGGAAGCCUUGGUUCGUUACGUAUCAGCACCAGGAGGCACUAAAACUCAGUUUUGUUUUUCAUCCAUGGUUUCUUUUCUAUGGACAAAUAGGGAAGUGCUUGUAUUUUUGUUUCUUCCUGGAAACUUCCAAAGCCCUACCACUCUGGAGGGAGAGACAAGGCUGGUUAACUUGUUACAUAUUUUGUUGUUUUUCUACCUGUAUUUUGGCAGCUUGGUGGCUUACAAGCUGGAGGUGGGCAGCCAGGGGUAUGGCAGUAGGCACAAUGCAUAGGAGUGUGCAGAAGUAGAGGGAACCUUUCUUUACAAAUGACUGACCAGUGUGGCCAGCGGCAUUUCUUUCAAAGGCCUUUGUAGCAAUAGUUUUUUUUCUUUUUCAAAAUGAUAGCAGGCAGCAGCCUUUCAGGGGAGGUUGUAGAGCCUCUGCACGGUGUGCGGCAGCUUGCUGAAUAGUCUAUGCAAUUCCCAGCCAUUGCACGGAGUAGAGCUUGUGUGCCCACUGGUGUCCAUUUCUGUGUGCUGGAACUUCUGCUUCCCCCCAGCUGCAAUGGACAAUUUCCUAGAGGGGAACUGUUAACAGUGGUGAGCUCUUCUGCUCCUAGUGGGCCUCCUUGCCCUGACCUUGAAGGAGGACUACAAAGCAAGGUGGGAAUGUGGGUUGCACAUCUUUGGAUGGGUGUUAAAGACAGAGCACUGGUUGAUUGGAUUUUUUUUUCCCUCCUGAAGUUCUUGAGAUGACAAGCACAGUGAUGAAGGUUGAAUCUGGUCUCUCAGGGAGGCCUCUGAGUGGCCUGUUUCGUGCCCUCUCCCUUGCAGAUCCAAGACAGCAAGUGGGCUUGCUGCCUUACCAUUGACUGAACAGGAGAAGAGGCUGCUACCUUGGUAAACCACCAAGCAGCAUUGAGCUGUACUGAUGCAACAGAGUCAAUGCCCUGGCAGGUGUCUCGCUUUCACUACCGGGCUGCUGGAGGCAUGGUAAUGUCUAAGCACAGUGCCCAAGCCAAAUCCAGCUUCUACACUGAGCAAAUAGUUUCAGGGUGGAAAUGCUACAGGAGGUGGCAAGGGUGAGUGUGUUGCCCAGAACCUGUUCUCAGCCCUUCUGGUUUAGCAGUGCCAGAAAUCAGCAGCUGUAACCAAGAAAAGAGAGCUGGGCACGGAGGUUUGGAAUACAAUGCUUUUCUCAUAAAGCUGACAGGUGGGUGCAGAAGUGUCUUGCUGUAGAGCAUCAGUGUUGCAACAGCUCACUGCUGUGGAGACACCUGAGGGAGCCCUUCCACUCGCUCUCCCUUCACGCUGUGGAAAGUCACGGUGACCUAUCAUCAGGCCCUCCUCUUCCCAGUAACUGCUUGGGAUCCAAGCAGAGCCUUGCCUCCAACACUUCUGGGCAUACCCCACUGAAAAAAAACAUGUCCCCAUUCCCUAGCAGCUGCUCACUCCUACAAUGAAGGGACUUCAAUAUGAAGGCGUCUUGAUCAAUGCAGCAGGAAGUAAACUCUUGCCCAGAUGUGCUUGCUGCAGAUGCCACCUUUGGGACUGUGUGUCCAUCACUCCAAUGGAAACCUGUGCAGUAGCUUAUUUAAGGUUUGAGGUGACUUUACAACUAGCUGUUAUCUCCUGGGCUGAUGGAAAACCUACCUGGAAAAGCCCAGAAGGAGACUUCCACUAAAUCUGGGGGGAGGAAUCAGGUGUUUUUUGCACACGAGGUGGUUCAUGCUAGUGGCAGGUACAGACAUUGAAGGGAGCAGACCAUUGUCGGCUGGAUGUAGUUGACCAGACCACAGCACCCUCAGCUUACCCUCUUGUAACCCCUGUUCUGACAAGAGACCCCAUCUUGGGCCUUGAAGGAGUCUCUCAAUCUGCCUGUCCUCUCUUUCCGGGGAGCAGGGAUAAUCGUAUUAACUACCUCACAGGGGGGGUUGUGAGGAGUCAGUUGCUGCUUGGGGCACACUUUGAGGAGUGCUGUAUGAAUGCUCAGUAUUUGUAUUUUGAGACACCAUGGAUCAUUUUAAGGGCAAAGGUGCUUGAAUUGGUUUAAAUUUAGUGUACGUUUUUCAGUAACUGUGCAGCAGUUACACAUGUCUCUGUGUUAUAAUACCUGGGCAGUAUUUCCUACAGGUAUCAAUUGCCUUUAGCUAGGAACCAUACCCCUGCCGGCCUCUGGCCUUGGUGGAAAACAGUGAGAAGCAUCCAAGGGGCUGUUCUGCUCUUCCUGGCUCGGUUUCUGUAGCUUGGGGUCAGCUCUCUCCUUGAAGCACUCAUAGGACUUUGGCUAACUCCUACAGCUGUUCAGCUCACACAUGCAAGACCCUCUUUCCCCCUCAUUUCUGAUAGCUUUUGCAUGUCUUGUUUGCCAAUGUUGUGUGAGAGUCCUGGAUCCCCAUCCAGAAUGCGUCUAGGAUGUUUUGCAGUAUUUACAUUUAAAAGGUGAUUUGCUAUAAUUUUAAAAAGAGCCAUCAAAUUGUACACGUCUGGGGAAAGUGCAAAGGGGGUUUCUGCCCUCUUCUUCUCUGGCAGGUUUGGGAAGAGCUCCCACGGGCAAAGGUGCCCCCAGAAGUCCACUGAGAGCUACCAGCAUUGCACUGCUUUCCUUGGAGUGACGCCUCAGUUAGACCUGGUACUACUUCAGCAUGUCGUGUGCUCGUCUUUGCUGAUCAGCUACAUUAGCAUCUCUCCUUUUCUGCUUGUUUUUGCAGAUGAAUAUACAGCCUUUGCAGGUCUGGUCCCUGCUGUGACUGCACAGAGCCUCUGUAAGAGCAGCUCACUGCUCCUGAAAGGACUCAGUCUUUAAAGGACACCUCUGCUCCUGCCUGGAUUCUUGUGCCCUUUUUUUUCCUAGAGGCUCCAGGCUCUAGAAAGCCUCUGUGGCAGCAGAGGUGGGAAUGACAAGGCCCAGGCCCAGAUAUUUCUCUGGGGAUAGGACAGGAAGUUGAGCAGGAAUAAGAGGGGUGACAGGUCACUAGGACGACCACUGGCCAAAAGCCCUUUAACUCCUGCACCAGACUCCUUACAACAGCCUCAAGCCCAUAGCAAAAGCCAGUGUUAUUGCAAGCAAACUCAGGAAAACAGCUUCUCCACCCCUUCUUUGGUCUUGCAGUCCCAGGAUAGCUCUUAGGUGUUUAGUUUGACAGACAUGGGUGGUUUUUUGUUUUGUAAAUGAGCACUUUGAGCAGACGCAGCAGGCCCCGGUGCUUGGGAGCGCCCCCUCGUUGAAGCUGUAAUCUCUGCAGGUCUGUGGCAUUAGAGGUCAGUUUGUCUCUUCUGUGCACUUUGAUAGAUCUGCUACCAUUGGCUUUUAUUUUUAAUUGCUGUUCUUGUUUACAGCGUGGAACGCUUCCUCCAUGACUUUCUAAUGUAUUGUAAUUGCUACUUAAAAUCGUUUUUAUAUCUGUGCUUCCCCCCCUCCCUCCCCCCCCCUUUUUUUUUGUAAGAAAGUUUGGAAGACAAAGUCAAUCGUUUCUUUUUACUCUGAUCCAGACUGUACAUAGUAUUCAGUGCUGUGUUUCACAUGGUUGUAAUGAUAAUGGUUAAAGAAGUUUAGCAUAAAA